GCAGCCUCUUGUGUCACCAUUCGAUCCACAGCCUUGAUAAACUUGAGUCUUUGAUUUGUUUAUGCAAGGAUCUAUCCAAACCAUCCAGAGAAGAGUCCUAGGAUCUGAUUAAGUGGUAUCAUAGCACUCUGGAAGGGGAGUUUCGAUUUCUCUUUUGCUUGUUCAUAAGAUCUACUAUUUGUCGUUUCACUUGAUCAUUCGGUUCUUGUGUGUUGAUUUUCACUUGAUUUGUUUGUUUUCAUUAUCAGGAUUGUUAGAUCUGAUUGUUUCGUAACUCAUAUUGCUAGAUCUGAGAAUUUCGAUCAAAUUUUAAACAAAAACCUUUCACAUUCUUGUCGAUUACGUUAUUGGUUUGCUUGAUCCGAAAGUUUCUUGUGUUUGUGUGAUUCGAUCUGUUAUUAGAAUCGUAGAUCAGGAUUGUUUAAACCUCAUUUCAUCAUCCGUUGAAUCUGAUCUGUGUUAUUUCCAUUUAGUCAGUGAUAAAAAAUUCAAAUCGUUGCGUGUUUCUCAAGUAUCGAUUGCCGCCUUGUUUAAAUCUUUGUGUUUUCUUAUUUGAAUCCUUUUCGUGUUUCGAUUUCUUUGAACUACUUACUGGUUCAAGUCUUGUGUGUGUCAGGAAGUAAUGGGAUCUGAGGAGGAUGAUGAAACCUUUGUGAGAAGGAAUAAGUUGUUACAAGAAGCAAUCACCAAACAAGUGAUGGAAGCGAUGGUAAAGUUGCUGGAAGAAAAGUAUGAUCAGAGACCGAAUGAUGGGCAGGGACAAGCAUCUGGCCAGAUACGUGAGCAAAGAAGAAACAGACAAGGCCAGCGUGAGCAUGCUGGAUCAGAAGAAACUGAUAACUUCUAUGAGAGAAGUAGCCAUAGCUCCGGCUCGAGACAUAGCAGUAGAAGAUCUCGACAUGAUCAUGAGGGCCGAAGGUAUAGACGCAAUGAGCUAUCAGGAUUGAAGCUUAAGAUCCCUCCUUUCCAUGGCAAAGCUGAUCCAGAUGCCUAUCUUGAGUGGGAAAAGAAGAUAGAACUCGUUUUCAACUGUCAGCAUUACUCAGAGACUAAGAAGAUUCAAGUGGCUGCUACCGAGUUCAAUGAUUAUGCUUUGAGCUGGUGGGAUCAGUUGGUUACAAACAAGAGGCGCAAUGGUGAAUUUCCCAUUGAAACAUGGGCAGAGAUGAAAGCUGUGAUGCGCAAGAGGUUUGUACCAAGUCAUUAUCAUCGUGAUCUUCACCAAAAGCUGAGACUGCUUACACAAGGAUCAAAGUCUGUAGAGGAAUACUUUCAAGAGAUAGAAUUGCUUAUGCUGAGAGCUUGUGUAUCUGAGGACAGUGAAGCUACUAUGGCACGUUUUCUUGGUGGACUCAACCGUGAGAUACAAGACAGAGUGGAGAUGCAACACUACUUGGAGAUAGAGGAGAUGCUACACAAAGCUAUCUUGGUGGAGCAGCAAGUUAAGAGAAGAAGUUAUGCGCGUGGCAGCUAUGGUUCCAGUAGAUACCAGACCUCUAAGAAAGAUAAACCAAGCUAUCAGAAGGAGAGCAAGCCACAGCCAAAAGAAGAACCUAAGUCUAGUAGCAUCUACAACAAAGAUAAGGGUAAAGUGGAGGCUACAAGCUCGCGUGCAAGAGAUGUGAAGUGUUUUAAGUGCCAAGGGCGUGGGCACUAUGCUAACGAGUGUACUAACAAGAGAGUUAUGAUUCUUCUGGAGAAUGGAGAGUUUGAAUCUGAAGAUGAGAAACUAAAGACUGAUCAAGAACUAUCAGAAGCUGAGUAUGAGGAAGAACCAGUUCAAGGUAGACUUUUGGUUGCAAGAAGAACUCUCAGUUUGCAAAACAAAACUGAGGAGCAAGAACAAAGAGAGAACUUGUUCUACACACGUUGUCUGGUGCAAGGAAAGGUCUGCAGCCUGAUCAUCGACGGUGGAAGCUGUGUUAAUGUUGCUAGCGAGACAAUGGUAAAGAAGCUUGGUUUGAAAACUCAAAAGCAUCCUAAACCUUACCGGCUGCAGUGGCUUAAUGAAGAAGGCGAGAUGAGGGUAUCUACUCAGGUUUCUAUACCCUUGUCCAUUGGGAGGUAUGAAGAUGACAUUCUCUGUGAUGUGAUACCCAUGGAAGCCAGCCACAUAUUACUGGGAAGGCCUUGGCAGUUUGAUAGGCGUGAAUACCAGGAUGUAUUUCCAGAAGAUAAUCCCAUUGGUUUGCCACCUAUUCGUGGGAUUGAGCAUCAGAUUGAUUUUGUACCAGGAGCUACUCUUCCCAACAGACCAGCAUACAGGACUAAUCCGGUGGAAACCAAGGAGCUACAAAGACAGGUUGAGGAACUAAUGGAGAAAGGCCAUAUCCGUGAGAGUAUGAGCCCAUGUGCUGUGCCUGUGCUCCUUGUGCCUAAGAAAGAUGGGAGCUGGCGCUUUGUUGUGAUUGCAGAUGGAGUAAAGGUGGAUCAGGAGAAGGUGAGAGCAAUUCAAGAAUGGCCAAUUCCUAAGACUAUAAGUGAAGUGAGGAGCUUCCACGGGCUUGCUGGUUUCUACAGGCGGUUUGUUAAAAACUUUAGCACUAUAGCAGCUCCCUUGACUGAAGUGAUAAAGAAAGAAGUCGGAUUCAAGUGGGGAGAAGCACAAGAGACUGCCUUCCAAUGCCUUAAAGAGAAGCUUACUCACGCCCCUCUUCUGAUACUUCCAGAUUUUAAUAAAACCUUUGAGAUUGAAUGUGAUGCUUCUGGUAUUGGAGUGGGUGCUGUUUUGAUGCAGGAAAAGAGACCCAUAGCUUACUUCAGUGAGAAGCUUGGAGGCGCCACUCUCAACUAUGCAACUUAUGAUAAGGAAUUGUAUGCCUUGGUGAGAGCUUUGCAGACUUGGCAGCACUACUUGUGGCCCAAGGAGUUUGUGAUACACACUGAUCAUGAGUCCCUCAAGUACUUGAAAGGACAGAACAAGCUCAGCAAGAGACACGCAAGAUGGGUAGAAUUCAUAGAAACCUUUCCUUAUGUCAUCAAGUACAAACAAGGUAAAGAAAAUAUAGUUGCUGAUGCACUAUCUCGAAGACAUGAUGGAUUCCUCUUUUAUGAUAAUAGACUGUGUGUGCCUAAUUGCUCUUUGAGAGAUUUGUUUGUUAGGGAAUCUCAUGGAGGAAGUCUCAUGGGUCACUUUGGUAUUGCAAAGACUCUUAAAACUUUGCAGGAUCAUUUCUUUUGGCCUCGGAUGAAAAGUGAUGUGGAGAAACUAUGUGAGAGAUGUGCAACUUGCAAGCAAGCUAAGUCUAAGGUUCAGUCUCACGGUUUGUAUACUCCUCUCCCUAUUCCUUAUCAUCCUUGGAAUGACAUAUCUAUGGAUUUCAUUGUUGGAUUGCCUAGAACUAGGACUGGGAAGGAUUCUAUCUUUGUUGUUGUUGACAGGUUCUCAAAAAUGGCACAUUUUAUAGCAUGUCACAAAACUGAUGAUGCAUUACAUGUAGCUAAUCUGUUCUUUAAGGAGAUUGUGCGUUUACAUGGCAUGCCUAGGACCAUAGUUUCUGAUAGAGAUACUAAGUUUCUUAGUUAUUUUUGGAAAACUCUUUGGUCUAAGCUAGGCACUAAGUUGUUGUUCUCCACUACUUGUCAUCCGCAAACUGAUGGACAGACUGAAGUAGUUAAUAGAACUCUAGGAACACUCUUGCGUGCAUUCAUUAAAAAGAAUCUGAAAUCUUGGGAAGACUAUCUGCCACAUUGUGAAUUUGCAUAUAAUCAUGCUGUGCAUUCUGCUUCUAAGUUUUCACCCUUUGAAAUCGUUUAUGGGUUCAAUCCCACCUCUCCUUUGGAUUUAAUUCCUUUACCUGAGUUUUGGGUUCAUUUGAGAAAAGAGAGGUUUCCUAAUGAGAGGAAGUCAAAGCUUAUGCCGAGAAUUGAUGGACCUUUUGAGAUCAUAAAGAAGAUCAGCAACAAUGCCUACAAGAUUGAUCUCCAAGAUGAACCUGAUUUGAGGUCAAAUCCUUUUCAAGAGGGAGGGGAUGAUAUGAUCAUGGACCAGCCAGCUGAUGGAGAUAGAGAUGGAGAGUUUAAAGAUGAACCAGCUGAAGAAGAUGAGGUCUUAACCAUUCCUAAAGGUCCCAUAACUCGAGCCAGAGCUAGGAAACUCAAAGAAGCUAUUGGAGGACUAAUCAGGAAGUCCUUGGAG